AAAAGUGCCACCAGAAAAAUGCCCGAUUCCUCUCGAACGCUCGGCGAUAUCGACGAGAUCGAUAGUGCCGAGCUGCGGACACAGCUGAGGAACUGGAUCGAAGAGGAAGGCAUCGAGACGAACAUUCAGCUGCAGAUGAAGAAAAAUUUAAUCGAAAAAAUGAGCCGUACCGCUCUCGGGAAGAAAAUCGCCCUCAAGCUGCAGACCCAGCAGGGCAUUGUGCUGUCCCCGCUCGUGCUCGUGCUGAACACGCUCGUGGCCGAAUUUCUCUACACACAAAACUGCCACUUUUCAUUGUCCAUCUUCACGAACGAGGUACCGUUCAAGAACACGCUGCCCGACUUUACCCGGUCGGCCAAGUUUCGGCUGAGCCGGACCGAGCUGGGCGAAAUCUUCGAAGCGCUCGGCAUCGAACACUACGACGGGCUGGUGGAGAAGUACGACAAGUUCGGCUCCGGCCAGGGCAGCCGCUCACUCCUGUACAUCGUGUUCAAGACAAUCCUGGCGGCCGUCAAGACGCAGGAAGCAAAGUUACGCCACCUUAAGCGGCUAGACAAACGGAAAACAUCCGCCCAGACGCUGCUGAAGAAGCUGGAGGUGGAAAAGCUUCACAAGAACGUGGAAAAACUGCUCCACCGGGUAAAAGCCGUUGGCAAAGCGAUUGUGGAGCUGGAAAAGAGUCAACAGCAAACGGUACAGGAUGGCGCGAACGGGGAGCAGGAGAAAAACAUGAACGAGCAGCCGACCCCAGACGAUGACCAGUCCGCCCGUUCGUUGCGCGUUUGUUCGGAGAAUGUUUGCAAGCUAGUCGAACGGUUGGAAACGUGUACGAAAAUGUUCGAACAGCUCAUCGAAACCGUACGCCAGCAACGCACGGAAGAUGGGCAGGAAAAGGGCGAGCUCGACGAUGAGAUUGAAGAGGGCGAACCACGCCGUGACAAGCCAAAAGAAAAGCGAAAGACUUACACCGAGUUCCUGCGGGAGUUGAAAACGACCGAACAUGGUAAAAAAUAUGUGGCGAAACUGCAGAAACAAGUGACCAAACUUCUGGACAAAGAAAAGCAUCAAAUUGAGGCAAAGUAUGAAAAAGAGUUGCGGAAGAUUAAGCUGGAAUACGAGGAAAAGCUAGCAAAAGCGUUAACGGCAACACGAACAGAAACAAUCGCACAACAAACAGCGCUACCCGCAACAAUCGUCCGCAGCAUUCAAACCGAGCCACACCACCCCAUUGAUGCUACGAGCGAGGAAAGUCAACAUUUUAUGCGCAAAAUAGACGAAAAGCUUGACGAGCUGUACCGCCAGGAGCGGAACGUGGACGACAAGUUGGCCACGCUGCGGGACGAUCUGCAGCGGCAGGAGCAACGGCAAAGCCGCUACUUCGAAUCGCUAAAAGCGGCCAAAACGAAGGAAACCAAACUGCAGGUGCUGCACAACGUCGAGCGCGAGCUGAUGGCCAACUUCGAGGACGAAACGAACGCCAUCAUACAGAACGCGAAGCAAACGAUCGAGCAGCUGGAGAAGGAAAGCGAUAAGAUCAAUCAUUCCUUUCAGCGCUAUUUGCGCAAGCAGCGCGAAGACAAGCGGAAGCUUAUCGACGAGAAGGUGCAAAUCUGGACGCGCUACAACGAUGAGAAGCUCGAGCUGAACCAGCGCGAGCUGUUAAACGAAGAGUUUGGGCGGGAUAUGAUGGUGGAGCCUGUUGCGAUUGUACCGGAAAUUGUGGUACCCAUGCAUCAGCCGGAUACGGGCCGCGAAUUCGCAAAUCCUUUCCGUGCGUUCGAUCCGCUCAAAUACCUGAAACAAUCGCGUCCGGUCGAAAGCCACACGGUGGAUGUUGCGAUCGGCACCAUAUCCGAGGCGGGUAUGCAAACAUCGACAGCUGAUGAAGAGCCAGAAAAGGUGGAAGCGGUGGUGCGACCAAUUCCUGCCGCCCGAACGGCCAGCAACGCGCAGCUUUCGGAUGUUUUGGCGAAGGACACGCGUGAGCUGCGGCAAAGCAUCGAAGAAAAUCUGCAAAAGCUAGACCAGAUAAGUCGCACGUACUCGAAAUCGCAAAGCUCGUCCGACAAGCAGGCGCCGUUUGCGCCUCGCAUUGAAGUGGCGCAACCGGCACCGGCUCCACCACUGCCCACGGUAGAACCAUCGUCCAAUAGAAGCCUGGAUGACUGUUCCAGCACUGAGUUGGGUUUGUCGGACGGGGAAGUUGUUUUCCCCUCCGUCCCUACGCACCCAGUUCCCGCUGCAACACUGAACGAUUCACACGACCUCAUUGACUACGCAACGCAGAACACGCAAAAUGAAAAGCGCAAACUAGAACCGGCCACAAUGGCGGUUGCUGUGAGCUACAGCGACCUUUCGAUCAGCAGCUUCAGUGUCGCCAGCAGCAAACUCACCUACGACAAGAGCCAAAGUUUGGACGGCGAGCUGGAUCGCAUCUCUACCGGGGCCCGUUCGAAUGCAUCACAAAACAGCUGGUCGUAAAGCGGGCACCAUAUUUGUCUUUUUUUAAUGCUAUAUUUUAUACACUAACUCAUGAAGCUUUAGGGAGGUGUUUUGAACGAAAUAAAAACAUAACUUUCUUCUCGGGCGACA